AUGAGGAUCGAAGUUAAGCAAUGGUGCAAAAAUCUCGAAUUGAAAGCAAGAGAAAAUACAGAAGAAGUGUCAAACUCUGGCAAGAAGCAAAGUGGAACAGCCCGAACAGGUAAUCUUUCUGAAAUGUCUAGUCGGAGUGGAAGGUCAACAGCUAUAUCAAGAAAGGCGGAGAAGUUGGCUUUAGCAAAGCUGAAAGUUACGCAGUUGAAGAAACAACAUCAGCUUGAAAGGAAAAUGACUGAAUUGAAGUUUGAAAAGGAAAUGAUGGAAGCACAAAUGGAAGAAGAGCGUGCAGCGGUAAGUCUUAUUUAUGAACCAGAUAAUGAGGAAGAACAGAAUUUAGAUCACUAUGAAGAAGACAGAUUACUACUUAGGGACGGUGCUAUGAAUAGGUCUGGCUUAAAAUCAGUAAAUCCUAUACAAACUAGUAAAGCCAAUAGAGAAACAAUUAACUUUCCGAGGGAACUUUAUGUAUCUAGAGGGUCAAAGAUUGAAGAAUCCACACCUAGUCAGAAACAAGAGGGUGUUUCGAGAUAUUAUGUGGAUCAACCUACUCUGAGGCAAUACGGACAAGAAUUGCCAGAGUUAAGUCAAAACACUGCAUUCACAGAAAUAUGCCGCCAGUGAAAGUGUUAGCAGAAGAAGUUUGGAGUCAGGAAGCACAAGCAACAAUAGAAACAGAUAUUGGACCGUUGCAAACAUUGAGAGAUUUAGUGGGGAAUCCAGAAGUGUCUAACCAGCCGAUUGGGCAAGGGAUAUCACAGUUUAACGAAUAGUGUCAACCACGAACGACCUCCUGGCCCCAGAUAUCUCAACCACCGCAGCGAACGACAACGACCUCUUGGCCCCAGACAUAUCAACCACCGCAGCGAACGACAACGACCUCCUGGCCCCAGAUAUCUCAACCACCGCAGCGAACGACAACGACCUCUUGGCCCCAGACAUCUCAACCACCGCAGCGAACGACAACGACCUCUUGGCCCCAACCAUCUCAACCGCCGCAGCGAUAUAUUCAUCGUGA